AAAGUAGAAAAGUUCCUGACUAAAAAGUGAAAGCACUCGAUUAUCAUGAUGGAUUGUCUGAAACAACGAGUGUUUAUAGUUGGAGAUGUCAAUGAAAAUAUUAACCAUUCAUUGCCACCUACUUCUGGAGAAGAGUAUAUCAAGCGAGUAGUAAUAGAAGCCCAACAGUGCGAUGAUGUAGUGGUGGCUAAUAUAGACCCAUCAUGCAUGAAACAACCUACAAAAGGUUAUAUUGAACCUUUAGCAGGAUGUGUCCAAGCACCACCCAAACUUAGUCCAACCUUGGAAUGGCAAAAAUAUCAAGUUUCAGACUUCUCUGACAUGAGACUAUAUGUGAGCCAACUGAGAGAUGAAAUACAAACUUAUAAACGCAAAUGGAAACAACCUAAUAUCGAUCUGCCAGAUAUAGAUGAUGAGAGUAGUUGGAUCAGCUUAUGUUUUGGAUGUACUAAUGAAAAGAAGGUCGAGCCAACACUGAACAUCUUGUUUUGCUUGAACCAACCGACUGUAGAACAAGUACUUGAAUAUUUCGUGCAUUACGUAGAGACAGAGAGAAGAAUCGACUACAAGAUAGGCCAGUGGAUUUAUACGUUGCUUGUGAUGUUAGAACAACCAUUAAAUCCUGACACCUGCUCUUGUCUGCGUUCAUUGGCACGAAUAUGUUCCGUCAUCCGCGCCGAUUCUAGGGAGUUGGACGCGCAGGAACUGGGGGCGCUGAAUUUAUUCAUCUGUCUGGUAGCGAGAUACUUCCGUCAAUUGGAUCUAGCAGAUCCUUGACAAAUCCCGACUGUACAUUCGACUAGUCACGUACGUGGACACGUGACACGAUAAUUAUAUCUUAAUUGUGUGUACGUGUAUAAUGAUUUUAAUAAACGAACACAGUGAUACGUUUUAAUCGGAAAUUU